AUGGUCACUCAAACAUUCUUCUUGCUGGGCCGUAGGGAGAGUACGACUCGAAAACUCGAUAUUGAUAGUCCCGAUUCUCUGGACGAUUUACUGCCUGGAAUCGCAGCUGUCUAUAGCAUACUUUGCCCAAAAGGAAUUCGUUUUCACAGCGAGCAUAAACAGCUGGAUAGCAUUGAGGAGCUGAUCCAGAGUGAUGAUGCCGUAGGAAUCAGUGUCCACGGUUAUCCGGUCAGGGAGCCGCAGCAGCCACCUGUGGUUCCAGGAGUCGGUAAUCAUUUCGAGAUUUAUCCCGACCACCUGGGGAACCACCAGCGACUGUUCAACAAAUAUGGCUCAGUAAUUCGCACUGAUAAUUUUGGCCGGAUCACAUAUCUCACCAAUGACCCAGACAUUACUGCCCUUGCGUUCCAAGAUGGCGAGUACUUUACCAAAGCUCCGUCGACGGCAAACCAUCCUCUAUAUGGGAUUCGUGAUCAGACGGCGCUGUUUCUAUGCGAUACAGAUUCUCCGGCAUGGAAGGACGCUCACAGGUUCAUUCCACCAAGCAUGACGCCUCGCGCAGUGCGGCACUACACGCCGCUACUGCAGCAAUCUGUCGAGGCGUCAUUCCGGGUUUUGGAUAUCUUUGAUAAACAUGGUGAGGCAUUCAACGUCUACCAGUUUACAGCCAAGCUUGCGUCUCAGGUUAUCUGCCAGCUAGUACUGGGCAUGGAUAUGCACCAUUUUGACGAAGUAGACAGCCCUAUGCACCGCAUCAUCGUGUUGCUGCAAAAUUAUCUCACCCUUAACCGACGCGUGCAAACCAAAGGAUCCUGGUACUCGUAUCUCCCUUUUGGUGACCCAGUUGCGCUCAAACAGACUCGCCGGGAGCUCUACGAGCUUAUAGAACAGGCUAUAUUGGCCUGCAGGCAAGGCGAAGGCACACAGGACCUCCCUAUCCAGACAGCGGCUCUGCAUGCGUCGUGUCUAGUCGAUUACCUGGCGCGCGCAACUGACGAGCAGGGGGCAAAACUCAGACAUGAAUACAUCCUCAGCAACACACUCGCACUCGUCGGGGCAGGUUUCGUUACUAGUUCUGCAUUCCUGUCAUGGCUUAUAUAUGCGAUAGUGACGUAUCCGGGCCAGCAAGACCACCUACUGCAGGAGCUGGUCGACCACGGCGCCACCGCCGACAAGCGCUGGACGUACGACGAGAUCCAAGAUUUAGGAUACCUCGAUGCGUUCGUCAAGGAGACACAGCGCCUGCAUAGCCCAUCCUUUCAGCCUGGGCGCAAUGUCAGGCGAGAUGUCAUCCUCCCCGGCGGCUGGAUUCUUCCGCAAGAUGCGAUCCUUAUACCGAGCAUGCCGCAUCUGCAUCGACAUGCCGAACACUGGGAUAACCCCGAGCGUUUCGACGCCGGCCGGUGGACAACAGAUGCGGUCAAGAACCGUCACAGGAGCAUUUAUGUGCCCUUCGCGGGGGGUGCGCGAGGCUGUAUUGGGUUCAAUGUUGCGCUGCAGGAGGUGAAAGUGGCACUGGCCGAGCUGGUGUACCGCUACGAGUUUGUGGCUGCGAGCAACGAGGCGAUCGAGUACGAUCCAGAAUUUAUCGUGAUCCGCCCGAUGAAUUUCUAUGCGCGCGCACUGCGACGGUCGUCCUGGCCGCCACGAUCCUAG